UGAGAGAAAUCCAAACCCCACAAAACGUACAAAAAUGUCCACCGGUCGUCGUUUGGCCAAGCGCUCAAUCAUUGGCACCAAGGUGUGCGCCCCGGGUCCCGAGGGACUCUUGUACUCGGGCGUCAUCGUGGACGUGAAGACGCCGCCGUCGUACAUGGCCGCGUCGGGCAAGGCCCUGGCACCGCUGUCGCCGCCGCCGCCGCCGCCGCCCACCUUCCUGGCCCCCGGGGAGCCCCAGUUGAACGCGGACACGCGCUAUCUCGUCCGAUUCGAUUUUAAAACGCAACAGCUUCCGUUGCAGCACGCUGCUGCUGGCCCGUCGACAGCGUCCGCGUCCUCAUCCUCGUCAUCGUCAUCGUCAUCGUCCUCUCCGGACGCAUCAGUCAUCGUUGAGGCCCGCCGGGUCGCCAGCGUGCAUAUCAGUCCGGCCCAGGCUCUGCGCCGGAACGCCAUGAUUAAGGAGUUCCGCGAAUCGGAUCUUAUUGGACCCGGCUUCCGUUCGAUUAUGGGCAUACAGCUGCAGCCCGGCCAGCGGGUCUUCCUCACCUACAACGGCCGCGAGCAGAGCGGCGAUGUGGUGGAGCACGAUGCCAGCAAGGACGAGGUGGUUGUCAAGAUAACCACAGUUGGAAAUGAGGAACCCAUUGAGCUGAAAAAGCGUCUGGAGGAAGUGCGUCUGCUGGAAUCGAGACGCUCUGCACGCCUGGCCGACCAGGAUCGCGACACAGACUUUGCCCGGCUCGCCGACAUGAGUGGGGACCGUCGCCGCACCACCACCCACAGUAUUGAGGUGCUGCCACCUCUGACGGCACAACAGCACAACUCGAGGAAACGUCCGUCCAGCGAUCAUCAGGACUAUGGCAGCAGUCCGGGCAAUGAGGACCAGAUGUCGGAAUGCAAUGCAGCUCUGAUUCUCAUGAACCUACACAAUCCUAUUGGGGUGUCCGACCAAUGCCUGGGCUCCAGCCCGGGCAGCAGCUCAUCGGCCUCCUGGAGUUCCGGCUCGGCCUCGCCGCCCCUCAGCGACGAUGGCCACGGGCACGGCCAUCACAGCCCCAAUAUAUUGUCGCCGCACGAUGCGGCAAAUGCACGCAUACGCACAACAUCGGUGUCCACCUCGGACGAGGGCAUUGUCAUUGAUUUCAAGGAUGAUCGCAAGAAAAAGGUGAGUUUUCUGGCUGUUCAAUCAGAGCUAAACGGCAGAGUGAGUGCCAUGAAGUCUCUUCUGCCGCAUUAUGCCUCAGCCGUACAUUUGCCCACUGUCGCCAGAACUGUAACUUCCCGAAAGUUCCGCUGUACCUAUCCACGCUGUCGCUUCGUGGAGCACGAGGAAUCGAAAAUCAAACGUCACAUUAGCAUCAAACAUUUGAACAGGCGCUCCGGGGACGAUGAGGAUUCGUGCAGCGAGCACGAGGAGGAAUUCUACUACACAGAAGACGACGACGAUGAUGAGUUGGUCAAAGCUCCUAGUCUAGCCUCGGAACCCACGCUCAGCCACCGGGACAUGGCACGUCCUCCGCACGAGGAUCCCGAAUACCAAAAACAGAUUGUCGGGAACUUCAAGCAAGGACGUGCUUUGCAUAACUACAACCACCUAACGCAGCAGCAGGCGUCGCCACAUCACAACGGCGGCGGACGGGGUGGCAUGCACCACAUAGGCAGCAGCAUCCCGAGCAACCAGCAGCAGCAGCUGCAGAACAACAACACCAGCUGCACGCCGACAUCGCAUCUGGCCCACCACAACUACACUUGGCCAUCCAGCAGCCCCCCGGGAGCUGCGAUCGGGACGACGACCCUGUCAUCGCCGGUCUCCACGCUGAACAAGCACGCUCGCACAUCGUCUUCUCGUCCGUCCCACUCGGUAGCGCCAUAUCCAUCACCGACGUUCGUCCAGAACCAACAACAGAACCAGCAACAGCAACAGCACCAGCACCAGCACAGUUCUUCUUCGAGCAACAGUAGCCCGGUCAUCCACUGCAACAGCAGUGCCAACAAUAUGCUGCAGCAGCUGUCGCAACAGAACGUGACGGUGACGGCGCACGCGCACCACAGCCAGCAGGUGCAGCACCACCUGUCCAGUGUGACAAUUACGCCAAACUAUCAUCCGACCCAACAGCAGCAGCCGCCGCAUCAGGAUCAGCCACAUGUGCGCGGCCAGCAGCAACAAUCAACUGCCAGCAACUUGGUUGCAAACAACAACCAUAACAACCACAACAACAGCAUGCCUCUGCAGCACGUGGCCGUGGCCGUGCAACAGUCUGUGGGCGUGACCAAGCACACGCCCAACUCCCCCAACCGUCGUACGCGGGGCGAGAACAAGAAGUGCCGCAAGGUGUACGGCAUGGAGAAGCGCGACCAGUGGUGCACUCAGUGCCGGUGGAAGAAGGCUUGCAGCCGCUUCGGCGACUGAAAGCGGCAGAAGUCGUCGACGGAGGCGGCAAACCACGCGUCGGCGUAUCUGUCCAAGGCAGCAACAACAUCCGCAAUCACAACCACAUCCACAGCAACAAAUUCAACAACAACAGCAACCACCACCACAGCAGCAGCAGCAAAGAUGACAACUACGAUCGUGAGACUGGCCGCCGAAGUAGCUGCCGGCAAGCAGCUGCCCGCCGCCCUCACAAUCAAAACGAAUCGGCGUUACGGGGGACAAGCCCAAAACCAGAACCAGAACACGAACCGCCACCAGAGCCACCACCACCACCCGUACGGAGUGACGGCCAACAGCAACACGAUCUGCAACAGACCAGUGCGCAUCCGCAGUGUGGCCACCUCGGUGAUAGUGGCCCCCAUAUCGUCAACGCCAACGUCAACGCCAAACCCCACCAAUGCUGAGGAGUAGGACGAGGAGCAGGAGGAACAGGAGGAGGAUCAGCAGGAGAAAGGUUCAGAGGCCGACAGCGAGGAGCAGGUGGCCGCUGCCAAUGGUCUGCUGGCCUGGAGCCGAGCAGCUGCCAGCCAGCAGCAGCAGCAGCAGCAUCAGCCACAGGUGCACCACCAGCAGCCCGUGCUCAUGCAGGGCUAGGGCGAUGCCCCCCUUAUCCAUCGCUGAUCUUGCUGGAGAAUCCUCCGCCCUCAGUUGUAGAUGAUUGUUGUUGCCUGCCACGACAUGCGGAGGCUGGAGCGAGCGCUGAAGCAAAAAAGCAAAUGAAAAAUGGUCUCUUCUUACAUAAUUUUUACUCUGCAUGGUAAAUGCACCUUAACACGUAACGGUAUCUCUUUUGUUGUUGUGCUGGUGUUGCCAACUGCCGUGCAAAUGUUGUUGCAGACAUUUGUGCCCCGGGCAACAUUUGCAAUCUACAAUAAUCUAAUUAUUAUUAUUAUUAUCAUUAUUAUUACGGAUUAUUACUAUUGCUAAGCGUAACUAUACAUACAAACAUAUACCAUACAUAUUUAUUUCUAAAAAUGACUUUGUUAAUUCUUAUGUUAGACACAAAAAACAAAACAAAACCAAGCGGUAGACGGUAGAUGGCAGAAAACGACGGACCCAAAACCGUUCGACUUUUAUAUACAACAAAACACAAAAACCAUAUGAAUGUGUGUAUGCCUAGAUGUUGUACUACAUUGAACAUUACAAACAAAAAAAAUGCAAAAGAAAAAACAACAAAAAAUGGAAGAACACAACACAAACAAACAACAACAACAACCAAGAAAGAGGAAAAGAACGAAAGAGAGUAACAAACAAACAAACAACAAUAUUUAAAGCAAAUAUACAUUUGAUUUUUUAGUUUUAAGAAAUCUAGUAAAUUUUUUUCUAGUAUUAAGUGCAAUUUCUGUUCUACUUCUUGCUCUAAAAAGAAAAACCAACUCAAACAAACAAACAAACAAAUCAAAAUGGAACUAUAAAGCAGAAUAUUCAAAACGAAAAUGAGAAAAACCUAAAGAUAUGCAUAUUACGAGUAAAUAUUCAAGGCGUUGCAUCUACGACACACUACUACAUUGUAUAGGCAUUAAA